AUGGCGACCAUAGGCCACGAUGAGACGAAACUCGCAGACGAGAAAGCCUCGCUCCCAUCAGCUCCCAAUGGCGUCGACGACAGUCUCGCGGCUCUGGGCUACACUUCUGAGCUCAACCGGAACCGUUCGCUGUUUACGCUGUUGUUCCAGUCUCUCGCUAUCGCCGCAAUCCCCUAUGGCGAAGGUGGGCCAUUGAUCUCCGCCAUUUAUGGAGGGGGACAACUCUCCAUCUUCGUCGGUUGGCUUACGGUCCUCGUUCUUGAUGAAUGCGUGGCACUAUCACUCAGCGAACUCGCAUCUCGGUAUCCAACCUCGGCCGGGCCCUAUUACUGGUCUUUCCAAAUCGCCAAAUCGCACAAGACCAUUCUAUCGUUUAUCACGGGUUGGAUAUGGCUGAUAGGAAAUUGGACCAUCACACUCUCCGUCAAUUUCGGGUUCGCGUCCUUGAUCGUGGCGACGGUGUCAAUGUACCACCCUGAUUUCAUCGCUACGGCGUGGCAACUCCUUCUCAUCUUCUAUGCUAUAUGUAUUAUCACGCUGAUAAUCUGCACAUUCGGCAACCGCUUUCUACCCAUGGUUGACACCAUCUGCGCAGCCUGGACCGGACUAUCCAUCAUCAUCAUCCUCAUCGCCCUCUCGGUCAAAGCAGACGUCGGCCGACACUCCGCAUCCUAUGCCCUUGGUCACUACGACACCUCCCUCUCUGGCUGGGGUGGCUUCACCUUUUUCAUCGGCCUCCUCCCCGCAGCUUACACAUUCUCCGCCAUAGGAAUGAUCUCCUCCAUGGCGGAAGAAGUCUCCGACCCAGCGAUCAAAGUCCCCCGCGCCAUGUCCUUGUGCGUCCCUGUUGGCGGCAUCGCAGGUCUCUUCUUCAUCAUCCCCAUCUGCGUCACCCUGCCGCCCCUAGCAGCUAUCGUCAGCGCACCUGCCGGCCAGGCCCUCCCCUACAUCUUCCACGUCGUGAUGGGCUCCCCCGGCGGUGGCCUCGGUCUCACGUUCCUGGUUCUGGGCAUCACGAUGUUCUGCAGCAUCAGCAUCACCGUCGCCGCGUCGCGCUGCACAUGGGCAUUUGCGCGGGACGACGCCAUUCCCGGUUCCAAGCUCUUCGCCAGGGUCAACACGCGGCUGGGCGUACCCGUGUACGCCCUCGUCCUCGUCACGCUCGUGCAGAUGCUUCUCGGGCUCGUCAACCUCGGCAGCACGUCCGCCUUCACGGCGUUCGUCUCCGUGGGCGUCAUUGCGCUGGCCCUCUCCUACGCCAUCCCCAUCGCGCUGUCUCUGGUCUGGGAUCGCAGGACGGCGGUCGCGCAGGCGAGGUGGAAUUGCGGACAUGUUCUUGGAACGGCGGCUAACGUCGUUGCGCUGGUCUGGAUUGCGUUCGAGACCGUGUUGUUCAGCAUGCCGACGGUGUUGCCGGUCACGAAAGUGAGCAUGAACUAUGCGAGUGUGGUCUGCGUAGGCUUCGGCGCUAUCGCGGGGGUUUGGUAUGCGCUGCAUGCUAGGAAAGUGUACAGAGGUCCGCCUGCCUCUGAUGGGCUGUAG